GUUUUUUCAGGCUCAUGAAAUCUAUUAGUGUGAAAAGAGAAGAUUUUAAAAGUAUCCUCCAAUACCAUGGGUCUUGGAAUGCUGUGUAAUCCUAGUUGUAUUGUCAGCUUCCACAUUUGUUCUUUUACUUGUCAUAAUUAUUUCAGUUACUUCAAUUUGUCAGUUUCUUUGUUCAAUUUCACUACUCAAAAUGGACUCAUACAAAAAAAAACACACACACACAUAAAAACUCCAAUUUUGAUUCUUGAACUAGUGGAACAACUAAAUUGAUCAAAGAUUUCAACUUUUCUUCUUCUUGUUUGUUUUCCCCUCUUUUAGUUUUCUUGGACUAGAGGAAUGGUUAUCAGUGGUGUGAAAGCAUCUUCAGUAGCUAUGGUUUCUUUAGACAUUUGCAGCAGGAAAAAUGUGAGCUUUAGAAGGGUGUUUGAUGGGCUGUUUUUUUUCUUUUUUGUUGUUGAUUGUACUUUGUUUAUGUAAAGUUAUUUAUGGAUUGGAGAAGAAUUUAUGCUAGUACUAGGCGAAAAUUCCCAAACCCUUUAUUCUGUGGGAUCAUCAGGUGUAAUUUUGAUGGUCGCGUUGGAUGUUGGAUUGGGAACGAGAAAGGAAAAUGGAACAAAUUGGCUGCUGCUUCUGCAAGUACAAAGGCACCUAAAUUGGGAAUGUGCAUUUCGCCUUUGGCUUCCUCUGCUGCUCUAGCAGAAACCCGAUGGUCCUCGCAAGCCAAAUUCUAUAAGGAGGUUUUGAAAGAUGCUAGGGAAAAGUUUACACAGGAGAUAUCGUUUCAGUCCAAGGACAAAGAUAUAUCCCUGGCAAAGGCUUUGCUCUACGUUGCUUCUGAAGAUGAGGCAUUUAUGGAUUUCAACCGGGAACUGGAUUUUUAUUCACUCCAAAAUGAACGAACAUCUACUUCACUGCCAUCUGAUACACUAGACUGGAAAUGCGUGGAUGCCAUGCCUCUGGCUGGAAAGAAUAUGAGUGAAUGGAUGGCCGAGUUAGAUUCCAUUGCAAGAGAAGUUGAGGCAGAGCUAGUUCCGAGAGAUAUAGGAUGCCAUUUGGUUGAAGUUUUGGAUGCAGUGAACGUUGUUCUUUUUAAGUCGAGGGGUUUCAAAAGGUCAUCUGUGACAGUGGACUCAAAAUGUUCAUACCUGCAUUCAGUGUUAAGCUCUGGACAUUGUAGCGCAAUUUUGCUUAGCGUCAUUUACAUUGAAGUUUGUCGAAGACUUAAUCUAACCAUUGUGGGAUCUCGAAUUGGAGAAGAAUUCCUGAUAUGGCCCCAAACAGGAAACCCUGAGGAGCUAUUCAAGGUUACUUCCGGUCACAGCUUGUUUGGUAUUGUUAACGGGAAGUGCGUUGAUGACCCUAGAUCAAUGGCCUCGGACAUCAAUAGCAAUUCACUGUCAGAGCUUGAGAUUGCAACAAACCGAGAUAUUAUCGGAAUCGCUUUGGCUAAUCUCAUGAGGAUUCAUUGGAAACGUGCGUCAAGAGCAAUUCAUGGUUUGAUGCUGGCUUCUCCACUUAGGUCUGUGGAUAAGUCUGACGAGAAGUUUAAGAAGACCGAUGCUUCAACUGUACCUUUGCUGCGGCCUCAAGAUUUGAGGCUGGCUAUUAUGGCUUCGCAAAGAUUGCUGAUUCUGCAGCCACACAAUUGGGUUCUGAGGAGAGACCACGGCAUGAUGUUGUACUAUAGCAGGGAAUACGAGGAGGCGGUCCAGGAGCUUAGCAUUUGCAUGGUCUUUGCACCAGAAGAAGAGGCUCAAGUUCUAGAGGCAUUUGUUGAGAAGUUACACCUACUGCAGCUCGAGUCAUCGUGGAAGAAUCUGGAACGUAAAGGUCCGUUAAGAGUUACUUGACUUGUUUGUACAAAAGUUGUGCCCUUUCUAGCUUGUUAUAACUACACAGCUUUAGCUGUAAUAACCUCCUUUUUUUGACUUGUGUAAAUAUAUUACUUGUUUCGAAAA